UAACAACUUACCCUCACUGGAUAUUUGGAUUAUAUCUUAAACUAAGAGACCCAGGACAGUCCGUGUGAACAGACAAGCAUCGCAAUCAGACUGAAUUACAAGAGCGGUGAAACAGUGAUCCCUGAAUUCUUCACCCGCAAUGGAUCUAGAUAAUAUGACCCACACGAAGCCAGGUGACCCUGACCUUCUACAAUACACAAAUCUUGAAGUAGCAUCUCUGUACCCGGACCCUCAUCUAUCUCUUCCGGGUCAGGGCUUGCCCCACCCCUCAGGCUUACCGCACCACCCCCAACCGAUACACCAAUACCCUCCCUUCACUCCCAGCAGUUCCUUCCCCGGGGCAAUGACGCUCCCUCCCAUAGAUGAAGACCUGAAAGAGGAUAAGGAUGCUAUCUACUCCCACACACUCUUCCCUCUCCUGUCUGUGGUGUUUGAGAAGUGUGAGCUUGCCACGUGCUCACCUCGUGUAGCAGGAGGAGGGGUGUGCUCCUCCGACUCCUUCACUGAAGACAUUGACGUGUUUGCCAAACAGGUUCUGUCCAAAUCCGAUAAGCCGCUGUUCACUGACAACCACGAACUUGACAGCGUCAUGAUUCAAGCCACGCAGGUGUUACGGUUUCAUUUACUGGAGCUUGAGAAGGUUCAAGAGCUGUGCGACAACUUCUGCAGCCGUUACAUCAGCUGUUUGAAGGGGAAGAUGCCCAUUGACUUAGGGAUGGAAGACAAUGAGGGUGGGAACGACGACUCAAAGAGCUCUACCUCAUCCAGGGCGAUCAAAAUUGAAACUGAUUCCAAUUCCCGUGGUCCAACCCCAGGACCUUCCAACAUCACUGGGUACAGUCAAGCAGACGACUCAAGGCCAAGGUCACGGAGUACGCCUCUGUCGUCUGCUUCUAACGCUCAGGACGGUAACAGCGAAGCCGGUGAGACGUUAGACAACAGCGUUGGGUCUGGGGAGUGCACAGACGGGGAGGAGGAGAAUCCAGUCGAGAAUCGGUCGACCAAGCGGCAGCAGAAACGGGGGAUAUUCCCCAAAGGAGCCACAAAUGUAAUGCGGGCUUGGCUGUUCCAACACCUAUCCCAUCCCUAUCCGACGGAGGAUCAGAAGAAGCAGCUGGCACAGGAAACGGGUCUGACUAUUCUCCAGGUCAACAACUGGUUCAUCAACGCACGAAGGAGGAUCGUUCAGCCUAUGAUUGACCAGUCCAGCAGGGGAGGUAAUGCACAACUGCUGAACGAAUUACGACCCAAGUCAACAGAAUCGCUACCAUACACACCACCUUCAAGUACAUACUCUCCCUACACCCCCGACCCCGGAGUCAGUUACCUUGACAGCCAGCACAUGCAGAUUGGAAGGUUGCCAGGAAUGCCAGGGAUGCCCGGAAGUGACGUAUACGAUCCGAUGAAGGGAGGUUACUCUCACAUGUCUCAUGGUGGUCAGCAGUUUGAUAUGUUUGGAAUGCAAGGCGUGCCCCGGGCUGAUAUGUACCAGAUGUCUGGGGCGUAUCAACAGUUGUCCCCAUACAAUACAGGUUUACAGACACAGCCCAUGAUGUCCAUGUUCCCGGGCCAGGGGCACAAUAUGAUGCAUGGCCACAAUCCCAACCUGGGCAAUGAAUAGACCACUGUAACUGGGGAGACAGCUACUGUCUCUCUGAACUUCACUGCUAGUCAUGCCAAAGGAGUGAGUGAGUAUGGUUUUACGCCGCUUUUAGCAAUAUUCCAGCAAUAUCACGGCGGGGGACACCAGAAAUGGGCUUCACACAUUGUACCCAUGUCGGGAAUCGAACACGGGUCUUCGGCGUGACGAGCGAACGCUUUAACCACUAGGCUACCCGACCGCCCCUAUGCCAAAGGAAAAACUAUAAACCAGUAGAAAGAUAGAUAAUAUAAGAGCGUCAUUUUUGACCGAACAGUAGCGUCUCCACCGAGUGGAGCAUUAAGUGGUGGUGAUGUUCUAUCGUUACCAUUGAUCCCAGUAUUAUUUUAUUUUGAUUUCAUUCAGUUUUGUUGUUUCGUGGCCAUAUGUUGUGUGAAUUAUCACAUUUCAGAGUUAUCAGAGUUUUUGUAGUGUGUAGUCUGUUUG